AUGAACAAUCGACCCGUUGAGCAGGCUCUGGCUACACUACUUCCCUCACACGCCAAUGAACUCCCUCCGGAACUGCUCAGCUUGGCGCAAUCUCUCGUCGCGCAAUCCCGGAGCUACUCGGCCACCCUGAAGCCCGAGGAGGAGAUUGCAAGGCCGUACGCUUGUGCAGAGAUUGCCUGUAAACGUCUGAAGCGGGCUCUCAAUCUCCCUCCCCUCCUCGGCCACCCGCCCUGUCCGCCGCGUGUGUACAAGAAACUCUAUGCGUUUCUCGAGAAAUCGCUCUCGAGUAGUACCGUCUCUACCAGACAUUCUGCGCCUGGCUCUGCUUCCGGUACCCCGACGCGGCCUUCCUCGACCACAACAACUCCUACAAAGGGCUCCGCACCCGUGCGCUCACCGUCAAAGACCGCAACGCCACGGACGCUUCAGAACACGCCUACCAAGUCGACACCACUCAAGAGGACGGCUCUCGAUGGGCCAAACACUCCUUCCUCAUUGUCCAAAAAGACGUCCGUCAAAAACACGGGCCUCAAUGGCUCGGAAUCGACGACGAUCAAAGACGCUCCCGCGUGGGUGAUGCCCUGCAUCCGGACCGUUUGCAAGACGCUAUCCACGCCCGCACCGCGCAUGAGCCUGUGGUCGCGACCUCCCAUCUCGAGAACGCUGCCUCCCCAUAUCUUCGCUGGUGUCUCGUCGAUAUUGCAUUUUAUUUCUGUCGUACCUUACAGUGCACUAGACAAAGAGGCUUCAGAAUUCCUGGACCCUCUCCGGUCAGAGGCGGGCGAGGACAGUGAAGACUACAAGGAUUUGGUCUACGCUUUGAUUGUAGCCGUCUACUUCAUCGUCCUGGCGAGACGGCGCAGUCCGAAUCCCGCGUCGCAGAGGGCCACUUCUCCGUCCGCAACGGACGCGAAGAAGAUGGACAAAAAGACCUUUUCAGAGAUGCGUCAAACCGCCUUGUCGAGUCUAGGGCUAUCACCGGCCGAGAAACGGCAUGGAGAGGAUGUGGACGCAUGGAUCGCUCUGAUCAUGAAGCAGGGAUGGGCCAAGGGGCAAGAGUGGUUUGAGAACGUCCCGACGGCGGGGGAGAACGACGGCGACGACGACGAGAUUUCCGACCACGCAGACGACUACGACGAAGACGCCGGUCCCGUCGGCUCAAAGCGGCGACGCAAGUCGAAUCACACGCUGCUGUUAAUGCAGUCCGAUCCGUCCUCUCAAGAGGGUCUUCUCCUCCCGGGCCUAGGCACCAUGAUGCAAGACCGGGUGGAUUGGCUGAGCGAGGAGCGACGAGAGGAUUACCUCGAGUGGAAGACGGAGAUACUAAAGCGGAUCGAAGAGAUGGAACGAGCUGGUCGUCAGACAGCAAAAGGGAGGAGAGAAAAGGUCGCUGGUUGA